CCACUGGCCACACCCGAAUCCUGAAUCGAUUGACGGAGUUGAUCUCGAAAUCCGUCAGGUGAUUGCGAAUAUCGUUAGUACACCAACGACUGCUGCGCAUCAUUGCGCAUUGCAUACGUUUUGCACGCAACGCAAAACAGAAAGCGCGCACCCAGCAGCUGUCGCCGUCUUCAUCAUCACUGAUGAUACCGCCACCAUACAUCGCCGCUGCCAAAACUGCUCUCUGCAGAUUAGCACAACAAGACGCUUUCUCCCUCGAAGUCCGACAACUGAAAAGAGGAGAAGCUUUAGCCAAGCAGUCAUCAUUACGCAAAUUAAGCCCAUUCAUUGACGAGGAGGGUUUAAUUCGGGUUGGAGGUCGAUUGAAGCUGUCACAACUACCUUACCAAUCGAAGCAUCCCGUGGUACUUCCCAAGCAUCACAAGCUCGCUCGCCUCAUCGCAGAACUCCAUCACGAGGAGCUAAUGCACGCCGGCGGAAGACUCCUACUGUCCCAAAUAAGGGAAAGCUUCUGGCCCCUAGAUGGACGUCGGCUGGUGAAAAGCAUCGUGAGGAACUGUUUCCGAUGCAUUCGUCAGUAUCCGGCACCCGCCCAGCAGCCCAUUGGCCAGCUUCCCCAAUCGCGCGUCACACCUGGUCGUCCUUUCGCGGUUACUGGAGUGGACUACGCUGGACCGCUCUACCUGAAGCCAGCACAUCGCCGAGCCGCAGCCGUUAAAAGCUACUUGUGCGUUUUCGUGUGUUUCGCUACGAAGGCCGUGCACUUGGAGCUCAUGGGUGACCUCAUAACCGCCGGAUUUCUCGCUGCUUUACGCCGUUUCACUUACCGACGAGGCCUUCCAUCCCACAUGCAUUCCGACAACGGGAAGAACUUCGAAGGAGCCGCACAUGAGCUUGGGGAGCUUUUCAAGCUUUUCGAGGACGAGCAACACCGGAACACCGUCGCUGCUGCUUGUGCUGAUAAGGGCAGCGAUUGGCACUUCACCCCUCCAAAAGCACCACAUUUCGUUGGGUUAUGGGAAGCCGCCGUGAAGACAGCAAAAAGGCAUCUCUAUCGACACCUGGGCAGCACGAGGCUUUCGUACGAGGGUUACUGCAUUGUCCUUCACAAAAUAGGGGCAGCAAUGAACUCCCGACCCUUACUACCGCUGUCUGACGAUCCCGACGAUUUGGCCGCACUCACUUCCGCACAUUUCCUGAUUGGGUCAUCUCUACACGCCGUUCCUGAACCGGACUACACGCGUCUGAAGUCCAGUACACUCAAUGAUCUUCAGAAGUGGCAGCUUCUGGUUCAACGCUUCUGGAAACAUUGGGCAACCGAGUACCUACAAGAGAUGCAAAAAACCUACACUCAGUCGGGCGGCAACAACAGCAACAUACUCACCGGCAGAUUGGUUGUGCUGAUGAACGAAUCGCUACCAACUACGCGUUGGCCACUUGCGCGCAAAAUCGUCCAGCUUGGCAAAGUACGUUUCCGUGCCUCUACCCAUCCGGAACGCAUGCUGGUUAUUGCUAAGGAGAUUGCGGUCCUCUAA